CUCAAAGUGCUGGGAUUACAGCCAUGAGUCCCCGCUCCCGGCAGAUUUGGCAGAUUAUUUAGGAGCUCUGAGACCAUUCAGUUCUCAGGAAGACGUUUUAUUAGUUUCUUUUUAUGUGUGUAUGUAUAUACAGUCCCCCUAGUUUUUGUUUAGUCUCACAUCAUCCUAAAGACAUUUAAGAAAACCCUUGUAAACAAGUUGUAUUAGCUUCCUUUUCCCCAUUCCAUAAAUUGUUUUAGUAUGGAUGCUGUACAGAGUUCAUGCCUGGGGUACUAAAGGAAAGUUCUUAAGUUCUUUUAAUUUUGAUUUGCAUCAAAAAGUCCUCUUAAUUUCAGGUUUCACCUCCAGGAGUCAAUCCUUAUGGACUUAAGGCUAUAAUAACUUUUGAAGAUAGUUUGUAAUUCGCUGUCUUUGCUGGGUUUUCUUUUCUAAGCAGGCUCAUUUCUCUAGUUCAGAAACUUAGCACCCACUUAUCGGGUACCCCCGGAGAGUCCUGGUACCGCCCACCUGGGGCGCCUACGAAUCCUAGGCCUUUGCGUGUUGAUGGACGGAUCUGCGCUGCAAGAAGCCUCGCCGCUGUCACCACUGGGCAUUGGCAAUUGGUUCAGGGGGAACGGCGCGGAACCAAUGGGAGCGGUGGCUCGGGAGAGUCCUUGGAGCGCGCGGGAAAGAGACCAAUAUAAACUGUGGCGGGAUAGUUUUCGGGUCCUUGUCCAGUGAAACACCCUCGGCUGGGAAGUCAGUUCGUUCUCUCCUCUCCUCUCGUCUUGUUUGAACAUGGUGCGGACUAAAGCAGACAGUGUUCCAGGCACUUACAGAAAAGUGGUGGCUGCUCGAGCCCCCAGGAAGGUGCUUGGUUCUUCCACCUCUGCCACUAAUUCAACAUCAGUUUCAUCGAGGAAAGCUGAAAAUAAAUAUGCAGGAGGGAAUCCCGUUUGCGUGCGCCCAACUCCCAAGUGGCAAAAAGGAAUUGGAGAAUUCUUUAGGUUGUGCCCUAAAGAUUCUGAAAAAGAGAAUCAGAUUCCUGAAGAGGCAGGAAGCAGUGGAUUAGGAAAAGCAAAGAGAAAAGCAUGUCCUUUGCAACCUGCUCACACAAAUGAUGAAAAAGAAUAGAACUUUCUCAUUCAUCUUUGAAUAACGUCUCCUUGUUUACCCUGGUAUCCUAGAAUGUAAAUUUACAUAAAUGUGUUUGUUCCAAUUAGCUUUGUUGAACAGGCGUUUAAUUAAAAAAUUUAGGUUUAAAUUUAGAUGUUCAAAAGUAGUUGUGAAAUUUGAGAAUGUAAGACUAAUUAUGGUAACUUAGCUUAGUAUUCAAUAUAAUGCAUUGUUUGGUUUCUUUUACCAGAUUAAGUGUCUUGUUCUUGCUAAAAUCAAGUCAUUGCAUUGUGUUCUAAUUACAAGUAUGUUGUAUUUGAGAUUUGCUUAGAUUGUUGUACUGCUGCCAUUUUUAUUGGUGUUUGAUUAUUGGAAUGGUGCCAUAUUGUCACUCCUUCUACUUGCUUUAAAAAGCAGAGUUAGAUUUUUGCACAUUAAAAAAAUUCAGUAUUAACUAAA